AUGUUUGCAAACUUGUUUGGAACGAAGGCGCCACCGGCGACGCAGAACCCCUUCUGGCUCGGCAACGCGCCGCCAACGCCGCCGCAGUCUUCCUCGUGCUGUGUCUGCCAUGGCGCCAUCGGCCGCGGCCAGGCCACCGUCACGUCCGAGUGCAACCACACGUUCCACCUCCGUUGCAUCUCUGGCAGCGUCUGCCCGGUCUGCAGCGCGCAUUGGCGCGACGAGGUGACCGUGACGCCGUCGCAGCCACGGCCGGUAUUGUUUCCUCUGCCUCCAAACCUCGUUUCCCCGCCGCCUCCCAGCUUCAAUUUCCCGCCGCCCAGCUCCUCCUUCCCCAAGCCACCAAUGCCAUCGUCGACUCCAUCGCCGAUCAGCGCAUUCAGUGACGACGAGCCGGUGGAGGCAUCGCCCCUCGACGGCUGGGAAGUGGUCCAGGAACAUGAAGCGGCGAACAAUGGAGUAUGUGGAGAGCUCGUCCUCAAGACGCACUGCGAGCACCCGGCCGUCGCGAGGGACGCCGUCCAAGAGAACUUCGCGGUGCUGCUGCAUGCGAAGGCACCCGCCGCGGCCGCCGAGGCGUCGGAGCGCGCGCCGCUUGACCUCGUCACUGUCCUCGACAUCAGCGGGAGCAUGUCCGGGUCCAAGCUGGGCCUUCUGAAGCAGGCUAUGGGCUUCGUCAUCGACCACCUCGGCUCCGGCGACCGGCUCAGCAUCGUGACCUUCUCGUGCAGAGCUCGCCGCAUCAUCCGGCUCACACGCAUGACGGACGGUGGGCAGGCAGUGGCCAAGGACGCCGUCGAGUCCCUCAUCGCCAACGGCACCACGAACAUCGGAGACGGCCUUCGCGUUGCCGCCGAGGUGCUCGACGGCCGCCGGCAAAGGAACGCCGUCGCGAGCGUCAUCCUCCUCUCCGACGGCCAGGACAAUCAUCACAGCCUGGGACAAGGUGGUUACGGAGCUUUCAGUCGUGCCAGGAGCUACAUCGACCUCGUGCCGCAAUCCCUGAGGCGCGGAGACGGCAACCGGUCCCUGACGGUUCACACGUUCGGGUUCGGCAUCGACCACGACGCGGCGGCGAUGCACGCCAUCGCGGAGGCGACGGGCGGCACGUUCUCCUUCAUCCAGGACCAUGCGGUCGUGCAGGACUCCUUCGCUCAGUGCAUCGGCGGGCUCCUCUCGGUCGCCGUGCAGGAGGCGCGCGUCGCCGUGGAGUGCCUCCAACCCGGCGUGCGCGUCCGGACGGUCAAGUCCGGCCGCUACGAGAGCCGCGUCGACACGGAUGGCCGCACCGCAUCCGUGGACGUCGGCGAGCUGUACGCGGACGAGGAGAGGCGCUUCCUGCUGCUCCUUGACGUGCCAGUAGCCGCCGGGGACGGCAGCACCACCCGCCUCGUCAAAGUGAGCUGCACUUACAGGGACGCGGCGACAAGGCAGACGGUGGACGUUUCCUGCGAGGACGCCGUGGUGAAGAGGCCGGUUGUGGUGGUGGCCGGCAUGGCGCCGUCAGUGGAGGUCGCGCGGGAGCGGUUCCGCGCGUCGGCGGCCGCCGGCCUGGCCGGCGACGCGAGGUGCGCGGCGCUGGUGGCGGAGCUGCGCGAGCUGAGCGCGCGCGUGGCGGACCGGCGCGAGUACGAGCAGACGGGGCGGGCGUGCAUGCUCGCCGGCAUAAGCUCGCACGCACAGCAGCGCGCAUCCACGGUGCAGCUCUUCGGGUCCGCGGUGCCGGUGGGGUGCGGCAGGUACGCGGGCGUCGCGCCACCUGGGGCCGCGGCACCCCCGGCCACCUUUGGAACCGGGGCAUCCUCUUCAAGUCCGUUCAUGUCCGGGCCACCUGUGUACAGAAGAGGGAUGCCGGCGGCGCCGACCUGUGGGGCUGCGCCGACCUUUGGGGCAGCGUAUGCAGGGCCGGCGCCGACCUUUGGGGCCGCGUACGCAACACCGGCAAUGCAGGGUAUGGUGGAGUCAUCGAAGAAGAGACGUGAGCAGCGGCGGCCCAGGUAG